AUGAUGCUUCUCGCCGGCGGCGCGUCGAAGGAAGCGCCGUUCCUCAUCGAGGCGGACGCGUCCUCGGACUCGCCCGAGGAGGCGCAGCCGCACGUCUACCCCCCGCACUUGGACGGCCUGCGCACGCACGGCGACGAGGUCGACGUCGACUCGAUCCUGGCCGUCGCCGAGCUCCAGUGGCCCACGAGCGCGUUCGUCGGCGUCGUUGGUUUUUGUUUCCUGGCCAUUGGACUCUCUAUCUUCGGGUGGGCUUCAUAUGUUGAUUCCGUUCCUGUCGAGCGACUCGAGUCAUUGAAUCCGUUCCAGUUCCUCCUGUUCUUGCCCGUUGCGUACGUGCUCGCGACACUUCUGUGCAGAGCGACCGUCGGCAUUAUGAUCAACCGCGGCUACUACGCCAAGGGGCCGGAGUGGGACGUCUCGCUCGGCCCCCAGCCCAAGCGCCGCUCCCCAGCGUUCGAGUUGACGGCGACGGCCCUUUUUACCCUUGGGACCUUCGCGGUGUACGUCUACCUCAAGGGCUUCCCGUAUGAGCCGGCGCUGACCGACUUGCUCGUCCUGCUGCCGUGGACGUACGCCGGGGCGAUCGUGAUCGACGGCUACUGGGUCCCUUAUUACAAGCGGCGCCUGGGGCUCCUCUGA